AUCGGGACAGACUAGUGUGCGCGAGGAUGUGGAUGUAAUAGACAUUGAUCACUAGUAAAAACUAUUAUUAAUUGAUAAAAUGUUUGAGUCUCUGAGAAAAAAUAUACAAACGGUUCAAGAUGGAAUUACAGCAGGGCUGCAGAGGCUGUCGGUGGGAGAGAGACAAGCGACGACCCCCACCGAGUCUAACAUGAACCUGGCUGCCGGCUCUGACCUCAUGCAGAUGUACCAGACACAGUGGGCCACCAUGCAUCAUAUGGCUGAACAAAAUGCUAAAGUUGCUCAGAAUAUUGAUGGGGCGAUAACUACCUUGGCAGAUGAAUGUGAGAGUCAACACAGUCAGAUGGCAGAAAUUCACUCACUGUUGGCUCACUUACCUAACAUUAUGGCUCAGUUGCACUCCAUGUUGGCAACUAUAGGUUCUAUGAGAGGAGUUUUUGAGGAGGUUGAAGGUGGCCUCAUGGAGCUGGAAGAUCUAGAUGAAGAACUUUCUCUCCAAGAACAAACACUUGACCUCCGGCUGAGUCUCGCUUUAGCACGGGAAAAACACACACACAGACUUAAUUCCCUUAAAAAUGAGCUGUCAGUGACUCACCAAGCCAAGAUGCUGGCACUGGAGAAGCACAAAGAGGAUGAGAGGAAAGAGAGAGAAAAGGUCUUCUCAGAUCAGUUCAGUGAAGAUAUUAAAUAUUACAAAGAACAGGGUCAUGUAACAAGAAGAAUCCCAAGCACAGAGGAUGAGCAGGGACUGAAGUUAGAAGAGGUGGACUUGGAACAGGACACAAGUGAGCUAGACAGUUUCCUCAAUGAUCCAGCGUGAAAAUGUAUCUUCACCAGAGGAUAUUUUGGAGUACAGUAGUUGGAGUGUCUCCAGGUUGUGUUGAGGCUGCUUUUUUAAAACUUCUACAUGAAAUACAAACUUUUUCCACACUUUGAAUUCUGUAUUAUGAUGUGUAGAUUCAUUGUAAGGUAAUGUAGAUAUGGACUCUAUUAGCUUCUUUAAGUAUCAAUAUGAACAGCAGUACUCGGAACAUUUGCUGGAGAUUCUUCAUUUUAGUUUGUCAGUCAUAUAAGCAAGUAUCACUUGUCUGCAUUAACCAACAGAAUUAUCAUAUAAGAAUGGAGGAGAAUCUCAGUAAGUGAAAACAGAAUGACAAGUAAGAAUUGUGGAGCACCAGAAGGUGACAAGAGUUAAAAGGCGACAGUUAAAGGAUACAGAAAUGAAGUGAAAACAAGGAGUUAAUGAAGAUAAAAAAUGGAAGUAUGAUCUUUUAAAAGAUAAAAAAAUAUCUUUAAAGUACAGUGAGAAAUUAGGGAAGAUAAAAUUUUAGUGUGGAAAUGCUAAACAGCCCAUGAAGUGUUGUUGCUCUUCAGUGAGGUCUUAGCAUAAUUAUGUCAUCAUUAAUUUACUGCAGUGCGCUCUAGGAAACACCCAGGGUCGGGUCGGCUAUAAUUGUUUUUAUCCUACUUAAAUUACCUGUACAAAGGCUGUGUGACAUAGUUACAGUAAUUUGUCAUUUACAACUGUUGUGUGCCUGAUUGCUACAACAAUGAGGCAAAUGUCUCAUUUAAGUUUAUCAGCUACCAGUUGAUGAAAAGAGAAGAAACACCGACAAAAAUUGAUCAGGUAUAUAACCCUAAGACAUGAAUCUAAAUGAACCUGUGUUUUCAGUUUGCAUUUUUUUUAUUAUGUGUUUCCGUUGUCAGCUGAAUAACCUUCAGUGAUCAGUAAUUAUAACAAGAAAAUACAACUUUGAUUCUCUAAAUCAGAGACCCCAAAUGCAUCAAGGUAGAGAGGACUUCUGAUGCCACCGCCUCUCAACUUUUCCAAACAUUUGCCGGUGGAACGUGCACGUCUCGGACCACUGAAUACUUUGACCUGGAAAAGACUAAUAAUGUUUCAAGUAUGUACAAUACAGUAUGGUUAAAUAAUGAUUAGCCUUUGGGUCUUCUCCAUUUUAUGAAUUGUAAAUAUAAAUAGUAGUUUUAUGCAUUGAUUUGAAAAGUAUACUGUAUGUAUUUCUCAGGAGAAUUGGUAAGAAUGCACUGCAGUAAACAAAUGGUGCUGUAGUUGUGGGUUUGGUUUAUUGGCCAGAUAAAUGAACCUGAAGGACAAAUAAAUCAUUCACUUUACUUCUGUUUGUUAGUGCUUUCAUGAGCACCAGAAGCCAGUAGUUCUUCUGUGUGUUGAUAUUUAUAGUAAACAUGGAGCAGAAUAGUGUCUUUGUCAUAGAAGAAUGGAUGAUUUUUUCCACCUUUUGUCACAUUUAUCUCUUGGAGUUAUCAGGUGAGAAAUGUGUCAAAAAUAUUGCUCCACGCUAUCUCUUGCUAUAUACAUGUGUGUGAAUUUCUCUGAUUGUAGCCUUGAUUCUGAAUGAAUCUUACAUAGAUGAUAUUCUUCAAUUACUUACAGUACUUCUAUAAGAGCAGCAUACAGAAAAAAGUGGGAGAUUAUCCAUCCUUUGUUAUGAGUUUGUCAGCUGUGUGUCUUAGCAUUUAUAAGUGAUACGGAACAUCAUAUGGAGAGUGUACCAAGUGCAGACCUGUCAACCUGUGGUCAGGUUAUGGCUGUCAGCUCCUAGUCAGGCCACAACUGUAAAUUUCCAGUCAUGUCAGAGCUGUCAAUAUCUGGUCAGGCUAAAGUUCUCAUCUUGCUGUCAGUCCAGAUCUAUCAAAUUCUGGACUGGCCAGAGCUCUUAACUUCCAGUCAGACUUGGGCUGUCAUCUCUGGCCUAGGAAGUUGAUAAAUGCAGAUGUGAGUGUCAUUUUAUAGCUGCUGCAGGGAUAAUGUAAGUCUUAUGAUAGAAUUUUACUAUAGUUCUUUAACUAUUAGUGAAAUAUAGCAUCAAGUUGGGAAAUAAAAUUGAAAACUAUGAUACAGGAAACAGGUGUCUGUUGCUCCCCAAGUUAGAUUUAGCUCUUUAGGAGAUAACCUGUAUACAGAAAAUAAUGGUGAUAACAUUUGAGGUAUAUUUUUAACAACUAUUGUAAUGCAGAUAAAGAUGGCUCUGGUUGAUUAUGAAUCUUUUGUAACUUGUUGUUGGUCAUUGUACAGUAUUUCUUGAUCUUGGAUUAAUAUAUGAUUAGACUGACACAAUAUAAAGAGCCUUAGGAGGAGUACCCAAGAAAGUUGCCGCUAGUGCAAGUCUUAGUUUUCUUUUCAGGAAUGUAUUGUGAAGUGCUGAUGCUGGACAUUUCUGGUGUAGACAGUUUCUAUGGUUUAGUUGAGCUUGUAGGUAUACCUGUACUGUAUUGAGAAAAUUUUAGGAAAACUGAAUACUAUAGUUUUGUUUAUAACUACCAUAUAGUUUUUAUUACAUAUUAUAUUUACAUUUAACUACUCCUAGAAGUUUUAUUAUUGAGUAAUAUUUUUUCUAUUUACUUUUUAUUGUCACAUAUGAAUUUCUAUAAUGUUAAUUAAUUUUAACAUUAUCAUUUACUUGCCUUUAUGUUCAAAUCUUUUUAUUGGUUAUAUAUUCUUUAUUUUUAAAACUCAUGGCUUUGGCACUUUUAAAUCCACAUGUUGACAUUUACUCCUCUUAACCCCUUCACUACAGAGAUGCCACUUUUAAUAUUUUAUUUGACUUGCGCCGGAUGAUUUUAUUCAGCACAGAGGGGACCCCGUACACAAGGCGUUAAGAGUUAAUGAACUAACCUUCCCAUUUUUGAACAUGAGGGAUUCUUUUUCAACCGUGUUUUAACAGUAAACGACCAAUUAUUGAUCAUCCUAGUUAUAUGUAUGAGUUAUAUCCCCUAGAGGUGUGUUUUGUGAGUUUUAAGUUCUGUUACAAAUGUUUUAGUUUCACUUGUAAAAUGUGUGGCUGUUGCUGUUUGGGUCCAUCCACGAGUCCCUCCAGUGCUCUUCCCUUUUAUAUGCUUUAUGCAUCAUGUCUGUCAGUAGUCAUUGUCAACACCAGUGGUUGUAGUUGUCAUUUGCCUCUCAUUCAGGAUUCAUACACGUUCAUACAUCGUUAUAAUGAUAAAUUUGACUUUGCUGACACUGGAAGAACAAAAACAGUAAAUUAAUUAAAUUUGUUUUUCUUCUAAAUUUAUUUUUGGAAUUUUGCCCCUCUGUUUGAACUACAUAACUGCAGUACAUUGAUUGUUUGAUAGUCUGUGGUUAUAGACUUUGACCGUCAUUAAUAUACUCAACAUUAUUUUCAGAGGACUUUACUCAUUUUCAUUUUUUCCUCAACUAAAGAAUAUUCAAUAAUUUCUUUCUUGGUGAUGUUUGUUUCCCUCAAAUAAACAAUCUAAUAGUCUAAGGUGUUUGUAAUGUAUUAGUUAUGUUAAAUUCUUGGUUCAGUAUUGAAUUAUUUUGAAUACUUUACUAACAUUACUUCUUCAUUACUGGUGUAUCACUACAAGAGUGAUGUGGCAUUUACUAUAAUAGUCAUCUUUUGCAUUUUUGAAGAUGCAGUACCACUGAGAAAACAGUAUUUAAUCUUCCUCUGUAGUGCCAAAUAGACAAUUAGUCCAUCUUAAUCAUAUAUUAUACUGUACCAGUAACCAGAUUAUAUUAUUAUUAUGUUAUACAUACAUUUAAUAGGAAUUGUAAAAGACAAUAGCAUUUUAAUUCCACUGAAAAGUUAUAUAUACAGAAUUGUGUGAGUUACUAGCACUAUAUUUAUGUACAGUGUAUGAUGUAGCUAAACAGGGAUAUAUUCUCAUGUUUGUUCAAUGUAGAUAUUGAUGAAGGAUUGUACAGCCAGUAAAAGUGUUGGGGUGAGAUUAACCAUUAGUAAAGAAUAAGCAGAAUUUGGAGAUAAAAAGGAAGCAUUUGGGGAGAGUGUACAGUAUGAAAGCAGAAUAUUGUAAGAAUUCAAAUACAAUUAAUGAUGAUUUUAAAUUGAUGGCAUGAAAAAAGUAACUACAGGAGGAUUUGCAUAGUUACUGUUGUAAGAAUGUUAAAACAGAAGCUGAAUUCAAAAAAUCUUGAAGAAUAGUUGAAAAUGUCUGAGCUUUAGGAUGAGUAAUGAAUAUAAUAGGUAUGUAGAGAUUUGUAGUGUGCAACACAGUACAUUUUUCUUUUCCAGAAUGUCUAGUCAAGUGAUGAGAUCUAUGGCAGUAGAAUGUGUAGUCUGGUCUAGGAAAUUAAGUUUUCUGGGAAGGUAUUUGUGAUGAAGAUACAAUAAGGACAAGUUAAGUCGUGUAUAGUGAGUAGAUUAUGUUGUAUCGUGCUGUAAUAAGAGUGACCAAUAAUUAAAUAUGCCAUAAAUUAUAUUAUUGUGGUCUGAUAAAAAUACUCACAGUAAGUGAAUGAACCAGGAUGUUUAUUCGUAGAACUCAUUGAUGAAGCUAAGAAUUGGAGUAUUAUUAUGAUGUUGACAUGGACACAGGAAAAGAAUGCCAUGGAAUGAGGUGAUAUGGAGAGCUGAAGGUUUGGUCAGAGAGAAUUGAUAAUUACAUGAGGGGGAAGAAUGUUUCAAUAAAGGAUUACAUUACAUAUUAUAAACAGAGACAUAUAUCAUAGAAGAGGCUCUUUAUUAAAGGUUGAUCAGGUAUUAA